GAACAACAAAAGAUAGAUAGAUAAUGGAUAUGAGAAAGCUGCCGCAAGACGCCAUUGAAGAGAUCCUCUCGAGGUUGCCACCCAAACCACUAGGAAGAUGCAAAUGCGUUUCUAAAUCCUGGCACAAUCUAAUCUCCAGUAGAAAUUUUGUGAAGAAACAUCUCGAUCGAACCCUGUCCAAUCCCCCCCACAACCCUCUCAGAAUCCUCACGUAUUUUAGCUACGAGUCACUGGAUUAUGAGUCGCCGUCCGCCCUCGAAUCCGCCCCAGACGACUCCGAUACCUUGGUAUACCUCGACGAUCCUCUCGGCCCCGAGGACCAGUGCAUAGAACACCACGUCAUCGGCUCGUGCCACGGCCUGGUUGCUCUGUUAUACCAGUACGACGGCCUGGAAAGGAUCAUUCUUUGGAACCCUUGUAUAAGAUUGGCCCGGGAGUUGCCGGGCCCACCGCCUCCUCCUCACGCAAACUCCGCCGCGUUCUACGGCUUCGGUUACGACGCCGCCAUAGACGACUACAAGGUCGUUAAGGUCGUCCGCUCCAAAUCAACCAACGAAACAACCGCCUACGUCUUCUGCAUAUACCGCGAUUCUUGGAGCACGAUUAACGGCCCCGACAAGAGCAUCGCCGUCGUCCACGAAACGGAAGGCUGCUAUUUCCAUGGCCCGAUAGGGAGUUUACUACACGGAGGCUUGCACUGGUUAGCCGACCGAGGAGUUAACGGCGGCGGCCUGAUACUCCGUUUCGACUUAACGGCGGAGACAUUCAGCGAGCUGCCUCAACCUACGACGGGAGAUCCGAACUCAACUUUCGAGGUUCUUUGGGUUUCAAAGGAUCGUCUGGGUUUACUGUCCACUCCUACGGCCAUUGACUGUAACAUUGAGUUCUGGGAGAUGGAGGAAUAUGGUAUCGGAACGUCGUGGAAGAAAUUGUUCUCCACCGGCGACAGUCUGGAGUUCGGUGAAUAUGUAGCCCCUUUGUGCGUCGCGAGGAAUGGGGAUUUGAUAAUCGAGAUUGAUGGAUGGUUUACGGUGAGGUACAACGUAGGAGAGAAGACAUUUGAAUAUCUGAAAUGCAAUCACCCUGACAUGCAUAAGUGCAGCGUGUAUAUGCAAACCAUUGUCUCCCCUUAUAAAAUACCAAAAAAAACCAUUGGAUAUGUUACAGCCCGGGAUGCUUCCUAUGUUAAUGAAGGGAGAGUUUGCAAGAAGAAGAGAAGCACAAGGGGAAUGAAGAAGUCAACGGCCUGGAACGACGUCGUUCGAAGAAACAGUUAG